UGGCUAAUGCUAACUCGGCGAACGUAGCACGAAAUGCUCCAUGGAUGCUACGGAAGUGACAGUAUAUACGGAACAACAACGUGGGGGUGAGAGUGAGGCCGUUGGCAAUAGCGAACAGAACUGCUUUGAUUUAUAACGGGCACACCUAGAGUCGAGCACAUGAGACAUACAUGUAUUUACGCAGACUUAGUAAAUAUUUUGGACACUUUUUGAUCUUGCUAACUGGUAAGCAUGCUGGUGCCUAGUCUCUUAAAUUUACAGUACACGACCUGACAGUACUUUCAAUUUUUCCUUCAAAGUGCAUAUUCUUUGAACGUAAUGAUUUAGAACUCCAUGCUAUUCUUGCGACAGCCUGUUGUCGAGUUUUCGCCCUGUCGGUGGCUUGUUUUGGGGUCGGAAAAAAACAGCUAAGGGUAAAAAAGAUGGAUUUUCUGACUCUGUUUGGUAUCUACGUACUGGUGGUGCUCGCGUGUAUAGCCCUAGUGUGUAAAUACUCAGGAAAGCAGCAAAGUCCCUUUCACACACUCUUCAACUUCAUCACGAAGAUCCUAGCUCCAGUUACACCAAAAUGGCUCCAGAAGUGGUCACAGAAGAGCAUGCACAGUCUCUUUCAUGAGAGGAGCAACAUGUUUAUCUACCUGCACCUGGUUUUAGAAGGUGCUGUCUAUACAGAGUUCACCUUUGAGGUGUUCAACUUCUGCAGGGAGAUGGAGACGGCUCUAACCAGUCUGUGUGUGCCUUACGUCCUUCUCAUCUUCAAGACCUGCUUUUUCUACCUAUGCAUCAGCAAAGAUCCAGGCACAGUAACUAAGAAGAGAGUUGUUGGUCAGGUGAGUAUAUACCAAUAUGAUCGGAGAAUGUUUCACCCUGGCGUCCACUGUCCAACCUGCCAGCUGGUCAAACCGGCACGCUCCAAGCACUGCAGAGUCUGUGACCGCUGUGUCCACCGUUUUGACCACCACUGUGUCUGGGUUAACAACUGCAUUGGCGCUUUGAACACACGUUAUUUCCUGCUCUACCUCUUCAGUGUGUGUGCCAUGGCUGGAGACAUCGCCCUCUUGACAACAGACAUGCUGCUUCAUGUUGUCCUGCGCUCAGGACUCCUGGGGGCCAGUUAUAUCGAUGAAUAUGACCAGCAGCAGCCAGCAGGGUUUUUGUUUGUUAUCCAGCAUCUCUUCAUGAGCUUCCCCCGCAUCAUCUUCAUGCUGGGCUUCCUGGUCUUUGUCUUCUUCCUGUUAGGAGGUUAUGCACUGUUCCAUUCCUACCUGGCUCUUGUCAACCAAACCUCCAAUGAGUGGUACAAAAGCCGAGGUUACUUCUGUCAGCACUGUCAUCCGGCAUCAGCUGUUGACCCACUGAAAACUCCAGUCCCAGAACAUUCUAAGAGAUACUUUUACAGCCAUGGGAUUCUCAGAAACUUGGGGGAAAUAUUUUUCCCACCCCGACUUCCUAAAAGAAAAGUUAACUAAAAUAUGUACAUUUGCUGUUUUGGUUACGGUGCUCUUACUUUAAAACACUGCUGAGUAUACUUUAUAACAAAAUUAAUAAAAUUUUUGUAAUUUUUUAAA